CGCACGCGGGGGGCGGGGGCAGGCGCGCGCUCGCCUGUCGCGACAGUCGGGGCCGAGGCCCACGGGGAGGUGUCCUGUCGCGGGUCGCCCGGCUCCCGGAGGCGAGGGGGGCGCGGGCGGAUGGCGGAAGGCUCCCAGCCGCAGCAGCCGCCUCAGCUCGGGCCGAGUGCCACUGCCCGGGGAAUGAAGCGGGAGUCGGAGCUGGAGCUGCCGGUGCCCGGAGGGGGAGGAGACGGAGCCGAUCCCGGCCUGAGCAAGCGGCCGCGCACCGAGGAGGCGGCGGCCGACGGCGGCGGCGGGAUGCAGAACGAGCCUCUGACCCCAGGUUAUCAUGGAUUCCCAGCGCGGGACAGCCAGGGUAACCAGGAGCCAACAACUACUCCUGAUGCAAUGGUUCAGCCUUUUACUACCAUCCCAUUUCCACCACCUCCACAGAAUGGAAUUCCCACAGAAUAUGGAGUGCCACACACUCAGGACUAUGCUGGCCAGACCAGUGAACAUAACCUGACACUCUAUGGAAGUACACAAGCCCAUGGAGAGCAGAGUAGCACCUCACCCAGCACACAAAACGGAUCUCUUACGCAGACAGAAGGGGGAGCGCAGACAGACGGCCAGCAGUCACAGACACAAAGUAGUGAAAACUCAGAGAGUAAAUCUACCCCUAAACGGCUGCAUGUCUCUAAUAUUCCUUUCCGCUUCCGGGACCCUGACCUCCGACAGAUGUUUGGGCAGUUUGGCAAAAUCCUAGAUGUAGAAAUAAUCUUUAAUGAACGUGGGUCUAAGGGAUUCGGGUUCGUAACUUUCGAGAAUAGUGCUGAUGCAGACAGGGCCAGGGAGAAAUUACACGGCACCGUGGUAGAGGGCCGUAAAAUCGAGGUGAAUAAUGCUACAGCACGUGUAAUGACCAAUAAGAAGAUGGUCACACCAUAUGCAAAUGGUUGGAAAUUAAGCCCAGUAGUUGGAGCUGUAUAUGGCCCUGAGUUAUAUGCAGCCUCCAGCUUUCAAGCAGAUGUCUCCCUAGGCAAUGAAGCAGCAGUGCCCCUAUCAGGAAGAGGGGGUAUUAACACUUACAUUCCUUUAAUCAGUCUCCCUUUAGUUCCUGGCUUCCCUUACCCAGCUGCAGCCACCACGGCAGCUGCUUUCAGAGGAGCUCACCUGAGGGGUAGAGGGCGGACAGUAUACGGUGCAGUCCGAGCGGUACCUCCAACAGCCAUCCCCGCCUAUCCAGGUGUGGUUUACCAGGACGGAUUUUACGGUGCUGACCUCUAUUCAGCUGAAGAAAUGUUAACAUCUCACUCUAAAUCUCUCAGUGGAGUCUCUGUUCCCUUCUCUGAUAUAACAGAUGGGGUGGAUAUGCAGCUUACAGAUAUGCACAACCUGCUACUGCAACCGCAGCCACAGCUGCUGCAGCUGCUGCAGCCGCUUACAGCGACGGUUAUGGCAGGGUGUAUACAGCAGACCCCUACCAUGCCCUUGCCCCUGCCGCUAGCUAUGGAGUUGGCGCUGUGGCGAGUUUAUACCGAGGUGGCUACAGCCGAUUUGCCCCCUACUGAAGUGACGUGAGACCCCUGCAAAUGGGACAGCCCCCCAGUUCAUGAGGCCUGGCUAUUGCAAUAUUUACUAGUAGAGGAACUCUAUAGCAAGAUGAAGAGGAAAAACAAACAAACAAAAAAAAAACACAAAAAAAAAGAGAGAAUACUUUUUUAUACCUCACUAUGUUCUUUGAAUAUGUAUUUUUCCUUUAAAUUUCUGCCUUUAAUUCUUUUGUUCCAAAGAUUGUGCAUUUUCUUUCUUUUUUUUUUUCUUUUUUUUUAACUGUGGUAAAAAAAAAAAUACUGCAUUUCCAUGUCUGUAUGUCUGUGCUGAGCUUAUUCUGUCAAUCACAGAAGAGGCAGUUAAUGAGGAAGGAGAGACAUUAGGAGCUGAUAGAUGCAUCUGAUCAGAAAUCAGCAGACAGAAUUACCAAAGUGUAUCUGGUGCUGAAUGGCUGGGGGACAGGCAGAAGUGGAAGAGAAAGAGGUUCUUUCCUUUCUCCAACAGGAUAUUCUUCUAGUCUUCUGAGUUUCUGGGUCUGGCAGACAAUUCUGAUUGGCUGUGGCUGGAAUCCACAUGCUGAUAGAUGAUAGGAAUCUGUGCUUGCAAAGCAGGAGAAUUAAAAAGAUGCUUUCCUCUUCUCCUCCCUCCUGUCUUCUCCUUUCUUUUUACAAUCAUCUUACGUGCACAGCCUGAGAUAGUUGGCAUAGUUUUUGGAAUUAAGUAUUAAUAUUUCCAAACAUGGUCUCAGACUGUGGAUAAUAAACACCUCAUUAAGAAACCAAUCUCAGAAUGAACUCUGGAGUAUGAAAAAGAUCAUUCUUUUCUUUCCUUAAUCCUAGCAUUCCUGCUGGCCUUCUUCCCCUUUAAUGGAACCACAGCUUCACUCAUCUCUACUUUUAUUAACACCCUGCUUUCAUGUCCCCAAGAAUUCAGGAAUUUCGGACCCAGGGACAGAAGAGUAGUCAGUGGCCAGAUUUCCCCCAUGUAUCUGGACACAGCGUGAGGAUUUAGAUGUACACAUUGUUGCGAACCAUCAUAAAUGGUGAGGAAGAGAAAGGGAGAUUAGACAGCGUCCAGCAGGUCACUCUGAUAUGCCUUAUCUUUCUCUUGCAUCAAAGUCAGUAUAAAGUAUAUGGAAUCUGUUGGAAAAAAAUAAAGCACAAAGUCCUGGUUCAGCUGUCCCUGGAAAUUUUGGUGAUUAGGACAUGUAAGUACAAACAGAGGCACUUUGUACUAGCCCCAAAGCCAUAGGAAUUUUCAUCUUCCAGAGCCUUUAUGAGUCACUCUAUAUCCACAGUCAUGAGCCCUUGUGGCCAUUCCACCCAGCUUCUCAUUGUCCCCUAAAGAUACCCAGCUGAGCACUUGGACCACUGGGUGUAAAAUCCAGAACCCCUGAGGUUUCUCCCCUCCCGUCCUGGAAGGAGGGUCUGAAAUGACAAGGAUCUUACAUAUUGCCAGAAAGAGCUAUGCCAUGGGCACGGCAGUGAGUCACUGCUCUUGCUCUCUGGCUUCAAUUUUAUAUAUUGUCAAAGUAGGAGAGAAAGUGUUUCUCUUCUGGCUAUUGGCUAUUACUGAUAAAGGCAAGCAUCCUGCAGCAUUUCCAAAAUGAAGGCAUUAGAAAAUAGAAAAGCACGGUCUAUUUGGCUCCCUGGUCUAUUCACAUUGGUACUAGGGUGACCUUUCACCCAAGGGAUAGCUGCUAAAGGGAGUAAUUCAGAGACAUGGAGCUUCUGAUUCAUUAUGGGUUUUGUUUUGUUUUGUUUUGUUUUUGACUCCUGCCUCCACACAUGUUCUUGAUUGGUAACUGGUUCAUGUCCCUGAAUUUAAACGACUGACAUAUGACAGUAUCCAGCAUUCUUUGUAAGCAAAUUGAUAUAUCUGGGAGGGCACUGGCCUGUCAUAUAUAAUACAUAUCUUCUCCCCCUUCAGAAUGCUCUCCCCUGGUAACUGGGAGUCUGUGCCUGAAACUAGGGGAGACAUCAAAGAACCUGGAGGCCUCGAUGCAGUUGUUACGAAGUCUGGGGAGGAAUACAUAGACCUAGGGGAUACUCACUGUCCAGUCCAUUGACCAUUUUUUUAAGCCCCACCCCAUCCCCAGCCAAAGUUUGGUUUGUUUCUGAUAAGACAAUUUUUGUUAUAUGUAUAUAAAUAUUUUAGUUGGGGGGUGGAAAUGGGAUGUGGGACUUUCACAGUUCUAGAGAAUGGGGGCAAGGAAAACUUUUUCUUUCCUUUAUUUUUGUUUUGAGGGAGAGCUUUUACUUACUACAGAAAAUGAGAGACAUUUUGUGUCAUGUUUAAAUAGAAGCCAUUCUCAAAAAAUGGCAAGCCACUUAUUCAAGUGGAAACUAGGCCAAAUUCUAAAUGGUUGUAUCUGUAGCAAUGUGGGGAGAAUAGGGAAAUAAGAUUAAGAAUUUUUCUCUUCUUUUUUCCUAGAAAGAGAUAACCCUAAUGGGAAAGAUAGAGAAGGCAGUUCCCACGGUCCUUUUAAAAGAGACAGAAGCUUGAGCUUGAGGUAUCUCUUGUGCAUUUCAGUUCAGCUGGUUCUGGCUGAGGACUCUGCAAGCAAGCUCUGUGUUUUCCAGUGGGUUUCUGCUGCAUUUCCAGGGAUGGUUUUUAAUACCGCUUCCUCCAGCUCCCUUUUCUAAGGAACACUAAAUGGAGUUCUGCCAUUCAUUAAAGGAUUUUUGGUUUUCAUUGUCAGUGCCGAGAACUGGGAAUUUCCUCAGCACCUAGAUUUCAUGGUAUCGACCUCCUCAUCACCUUUUGAAUGUUGGGAUUCCAAAUAGUCAUACAGUCUACUCCAUCAGAGGCAGGUUCCUCAAAGCAUCUAUGCUUGUAUGUUCCUGACUUUAGUUCUCUUUGGAUUAAGAAACAGAGUCAGGAGACAGUUUAACAUCUUGUGAGUUUGUUAGAUGAUACUGGUUGAUAAUUCCAAAAGAACAUAAUGAUGCUGAAUCACAGUACAUGGAUGCUUUUGACAGCUUUACUGUAGUUCAUGACCUGGACUUUCUAUACUAAGCAUUUUACUCUUGGAAGUGGGGCUCCUUUAAGGAGACCUCUAGUGAAAAAACCUUUAUCUGAAUAUCCCACUUUCAGCCCAAAAAGCUGCCUGUUGGUCUUUUCCAGAAUUUCUUGUGUCACCUAGUUCAACUCCCAUUAACCCAGAUUAACCAUUUGUGAGUCAUCAUUAUUAAGUCCCUCAGAUUUUGAAAACCUACCACCAUCAUCCUCCAACAGCUACAGUAUGAAUUGAGCCAGCUUUUUUAUUUUUCCUUGAAAAAAGAAACAGACAGGGCUCUACUCUUAGUUUAAGGGGAGCUAGUGGAAAUCUGUUCCAUAGAAAUCAAUGCUAGCAGCUUUUCCUCAAAAUGUGUGACUCGUCAGGGGUUGAACCGCUCUUAGUUUAGAUUAUACAUUACUAGAGGCAUAGCAGAUGAGUCAGUUAAUCACCACCAUCCUGUAAUUAGUCAUGGAGCUUCCAGAUAUGAGGGAGUAAAAUAGGGAUGGAAGCAAUCCCAAGGAUAUGCAAGAAGGGCACGAUAACCACCACCCACCCACCCCCUUUCCUCUGGCAGGAGAAAAAGGCCUACCAAGGGACAGUCUGGAAAGCACUUAGGCAUUUAACGAGGGAAAAGGGGAAAAUGUUUGAUGAACCUUCCCCUUUGCCAAGUCCAGCCAGUUCUCUGCUGUUUAAAACCCUCUAGCACAAUAACAUUUGCAGAAUUGCAGAUUUUUUCCCCCAGAUACUAGGAGGAAAGGGACUUUGGGGGGUGGGGAAAGGGUAGUGGUGUUUUAAAAGCAUAAGUUACCUGUUUGCACUGUUUUAAGAUAGGAAAGAAAUAGUGGGCAAGGUGAACAUCAAAUAUAAAUUUGUGUGUUUUUAUUUUGUCAUGCUCUUGAAAUGUUUGACCAUUUGUAGUAUACACCAGUGAAACUUGUUUCUCUGUUGCAUAAAACACUAUAUUUUUUGGAAAUGUUGCUGUCCACAAGCCUCUUCCCUCCCUUUCCUUUUUCCUAUGUACUCCCUUCAUUCUUGCUUUACUGAUCAACAAGGCAAUAGCCAUCCAAGAGCUAAGGCAUGAAACAGGGCCCUCUCCAAGCAGGCUCUGGGUGUCCCAAGCCAGCGCGUGCCCUCUGGCUUAGUGAAUACGGUGGAGUCCCUGGCACUUUUCUUUGAAAAUAAGUCUUGCUGACCAGACUACAGCAAGUUAUCGAAUUCCUGCAUCAAGGGAUAGAGGGGAUUCCUGAAAUACAGCAGUUGGCUGUGGUAGCUGAGUUCUUUUCUAUGUUACCGAAACUGUAGCCAGUUACAGUUUAACUCAGGAAAACAGUAGAUCAAUUCAGCCAUGGCAGUGCUGGUUGGCAGGGAUUGGUAACUGAGAGAACUGCUCAUCAGCCAAGACUCAAACCUUGCCUUUAUGGAGACUGCCAGCAGCACGGGCUUGGUCCCACUUGUCUGGUGGUUAUAUACUUGCCGGCGACAUGAGGGCUCAGCUCACACCGGCAAGCAAAAAGGGAACAUCGAUUCUCUUUUCUCUCCCCACCCUCUGCCCCUUUUACCAACACCAGAGUCCCAGGGGGUCCAUGAGCUUUUGGAUUUUUAAAAAAUGUUUUUUGGUUUGGUUUUUCUGGUGACUGAUAAGUGCUUUAAGCAAUGUCUAUACCCCCAUUGAGACUCCCAGCUUAGUUAUUUUCUUGUAUUUUUUCUGUUCACAGUAUUUGUGUGUGUGUGUAUGCUUGUUUUGGCAGCUCAUUUUGGCUGUAUUAUCUACCGAGUGAUGAAUUGAUCCUCUUUUUCCCUAAGGGAUAUAAAUUUUUUUUCCUUGUGUUAUAAUUCUGCUUGUGAAUAGCUGGAGCAAACCUGGGGCUGACACACGUAAGCUAGGGCUGUAAAGUGAUAAAAGAGCCAGUGGCGGUUUCUUGUCCCUGACAGGCUGACCUACCUGUGUCUCUGAGCUUUUCAGUCCAAAUCAUUUGCAAGGCUAAAAUGCCACGAACCUCCCCACUUCCCCCCAGUCCCCAUGGCAGGGACGGAACCAUCCCUACAUGCAACAUGCCGUUUCUCCGGCCCUUCCCAUUGCCAUGGCUAAACAGGUACCUUUGGGGAAUGGGGGGGCAUCCUGUGGGAUGCUUGUGUAAUUGACCACCUCGCCUUCUCUCCCGCCCCCCUUACCCUCCCAGAAUCACUUCCUAGGACACCCGAGCUGCUUGCCCAGGGUCCUGUUUCCCUGCUAACUCCAGAGAAGCAUCCCAGGGCUUUGUGACAGUCUCUAAUUCCCUUCCCUUCUCGUUAAGAAUCAUAUUGUAUAGUAGCUUUCAGACCAUACAGUAUUCAUUGGGUUACUCCUAUUAUUAUCAAGUAGCUGGAAUUGUGAAGGUCGGAGUAGUUAGAUCUUUAGCUUUUAUUCCUUAUUUUUUUGUAUUACUAUCCGUGUGUAUAAAUUAUUGAUCAUGUUGCUGGCUUUUAUAAACUCUAAGCGAAGGAGGAGCACUGCCUCUGCCUUUGCAAGUGGUAAUGAAGCACUGUUUUUAAAUAAAAGAGAGAAACACCA